GCCAUAGAAUUUGGAACACAACAAAACCUUUUACUAAACCAAACACAACAAUACUACCAUAAUUCAAAAAACCAAGAAGCUUUGUGUUUUAGUUUUUUCUUCUCUAAUUAUCUCUAUACAUGUAUUGGGGUGCCAUGGCUGGUCAUAUGGGUUGGGGUAUAAUAGAAGAAGAAGGUUGGAGGAAAGGUCCUUGGACUUCUGAGGAAGAUAGAUUGCUUAUUGAGUAUGUUAGACUCCAUGGUGAGGGUAGGUGGAACUCUGUUGCUAGGCUUGCAGGGCUGAAAAGGAAUGGAAAGAGUUGUAGAUUGAGGUGGGUGAAUUAUUUAAGGCCAGACCUUAAAAGGGGUCAAAUAACUCCACAUGAAGAGAGCAUAAUUCUUGAGCUUCAUGCUAGAUGGGGAAACAGAUGGUCAACAAUAGCAAGAAGCUUACCUGGAAGAACUGACAAUGAGAUCAAGAACUAUUGGAGAACCCAUUUCAAGAAAAAGCAAGCCAAAGUUACUUCUGAUGCUUCCGAAAAGGCGAAAGCUCGCCUCUUAAAGAGGCAACAAUUUCAUCAGCAACAGCUUCAUCAACAGCAACAGCAACAGCAACAACAGCAGCAACAACAACAACAACAGCAACUUAAUCAAAUGGAGUUGAAAAGAAUCAUGGGUUUACUCGAAGAAAACGAACAUAACAAGUCUCAACAAGGGUUACCUCAAAAUAGGCAAGAAAUGAGCAGUGUUGCAUUUCCUCAAACAGUUGAUGAGCAAAACUUCCUUUACACUAUGCUGAAUGUUAACAACAAUGUCUCAGCUGUUCCUGAAGCACAAGCCAUUAAUGAGGACAUUCUGUGGGAUGGGUUAUGGAACUUAGAUGAUUUCCAUGGCAAUGGUAAUGGUAUGAACUUUAAUGCAAAUUGUUCUAAUGGCAAAGCUAAUACUCUUCACAACUUGGUGGUACCCUUUUGUUGA